AAAGUAUAAAAAGCCACCGUAGUAUUGUUUAUAUUAGUUACAAAAAACUUUUCAGCUAUGAACUAUUACCAUGUUUUAACUGUUUUAGUUGUACUCGUUGGGUACUCUUCCAGCACUAGAGUACUACAAUGUCCAAGUGGUGGAGCAUUGCCGACAGUUGAGAUUGUAUCUAAUAAUGUACGCUGCGUACAAUCACCCUGUAUGGUCUAUUCAGGAGCACCAGCUUACAUAAACAUUAAUUUCACAGCUACUGACAAUAUGCCAUCAAUCACUCCAAAAUAUAUAGCUACAUCUUUUGGGUUACCAGUACCUUAUCCAGUCGGAAGUAAUGCUUGUCCCGAGAUAACCAAUGUUGUGUGUCCUAUAACUAAAGGACAACUUGUAUCCUACACACAUAAGAUGGUUAUACCUUUCUUUCUCCCAAGGAUUACAGUUGGAUUGUCGAUAACAUUUGUAAAUGAUGCCGAUAAGUCAGAGAUAUUCUGUUUUACUACCGAUGUUCAGGUCCAAUAAGCCAGGUUUACCAUAAAGAAAAGUUUUUAGUAUCUAUGACUGUAAAAAAUGCAAAGAUUUCAAAUAAAUAUAAUAUAUUAAACCGUU